AUGUCAUUCUUCGGCUUUGAUACGACCCUACCCAGGGACAAAGCUGGGGGCGCGAACAGCAAGGGCUUCUUCGAGCACGCAAAUCCCUUCAACGAAGUAGCCAAAGCUCGCAAGUUGCAAGCCUUUCAGGACAAUCAGGAAGAAGUACUUGACUUUGAAGACACCUACGAUGGUCUCGGCGAUCAGCUUCAAGAAGCUGGCGAUGACUUCAACGAUGACACCUUCGGCGGUGGUGCGGAGGGGUCAAAUGACCGUGGUGGUGUAGGAAAGGAUUUCGAUUUCUUUGGCAGUACUGCCCAGGUAUCGACCGCCAUUGAGGAAGAGGCGAUGCGAUACAAUCUACAAUACCCCUCUCGGGAGACUGCGCCCCCUCAAUCUCGGAAGCCCAAGAAGACAGGCUAUGAGAAGUAUCAAGAUCCGGGUUAUAUUCCGGAAAUUGAAGCGAAAUCUGGAGCAUGGAGCCACAAGCCCUCCACACACUCACCGGGUCAGCCGAGCCAGCCUGAAGAUAUUCACGUCAGUACGUCCAGACACACCGCUCCAGCUCCGGAGGCACCGCAGCCGGGGACAAAGAUGAUGAGUCUGGAGGAAGUUGAAGCUGCUCUACUGGCUCAAGCCCAAGCCCACGCCCGAGCCCAGGCAGCACAAGCACCGCAGCCACCAUACCCUCAGCCUCAAGUGUUUCCCUUCCCUGUUGACCAUAUGCACCCUCCUCAGCCGUAUCAACCAGGACCGCCACCGAUGCCGUUUAACCAACAACAUGCUCCGCCGCCUCCGCGUUCUGCCAGCCCUCGGCGCCAUAAUCGCAUGCCUUCACAGCCUUCGCAUCCUUCACAGACUUCGCAGCUCCGUCCAGCCCAACAGCCUCUACAGAUUCUCCAGAACCCUAACCGAGCGCGUCAUUCGCCACAGCCUAGUGUCGAUAGAGUCCAAGGGUUGCCACCAUACGGGCCAGCACAAGCGGGAGCUGCGCCUGGCAUCACUCAUCCUCAGCAGCUACUUGACUUGUCCGAAGCACAGCGCCGUGCUUACUUGGAGGAAGAUGCCAAGAGAGCAAAGCGCAAUCACAAGAUCUUUUUGCUAUCCAAGGGCAAUGGUUUAAUGACUCCGCAAGACAAGAAUUUCAUUACACGCAUCCAGUUGCAACAGCUUGUCACGGCAACUGGCACCUCGGCCGACCCAAAUCCUGAAGCCUCUUUGAACGAAGACUUUUAUUACCAGGUUUACAGUCAAAUUCGGGGGGCUCCAAGGCAGCAUCCGACCCAGCCGCUCGGCCAUUUCGCGCAAACCUAUCUCUUCCAAACCGGUAUCCGUGGGGGCGGGAGAAGACAGCAUGCCAACGGUGACAAUCAUAUGCAGAGAAUGCAACAACAGGUUCAGCGAGCCGUGGAGGCGGCCAAAUUGAAGCCUAAGAACAAACAGCUUAUCAUCGAGGGUAGCUUGGGCAAAAUUUCAUUCAGCAAUGCAAAGACACCAAAGCCGCUUCUCAACAUCAAGAGGCAAGACAGUUCCGACGCUCGCCCAGCCAGUGGAAGGAAGGAAGUCAGCCCGAGCGAUCGUAAGACAAUACUAAAGAACAUUGAAGCUGUCUACACCACUUUGAUGCGUCUUGAGGAUCAUGAGCGGCAAUCGCCCCCACCACCCACCGAAGGUGAUGCUGAUUCCAUUCAAGCUCACCUGGAUUGGCGGCAAAAGCUGCAAGAGCUCAACACGGCUCUUUGGCAGGAGCUCAAGGUGCUUGACCCAAUCGUUCCAGGGUCCUCCAUCCCUCACCCGUUCAUCGCCUUCCUCUCCUUUGCGAAAGGCAAAAAGGCCAUGCCUCGCAUCUUUCGUCUAAUUGAUCAAGAGCAGCGCUUGACCAUUUUGACCAUGAUUGUCGUCCAUCUUGAUCAAUUGGAUGUGACCAAGGACGCCCGCCCCGCAGCGGGAGAUUCUCAGCCGACUUUAGCAGUUCGGGAGGAGAUCGAGCUGUUCUCUCAGACGGUGAUGCCGUGCUUGUUACAGUAUGUCAAUGAAGCGCCUAUUAACAUUGUCAUUGGGUUGCUCGGGCUGUUGGUCGAACGUACCAGCAUUGCAGUUGUUGCCAUGACCAAGAUCGGGUUGGGCAUGAUGACCAUGCUAUUAACGCGUGCGGAGCUUUCGAAAGAGUCUGGGGUCGUGUCUGACCAGGAAUGGCAACAAUGGACAGCAUUGUAUAACCGGCUUUUUGACACCUUGGAGCCUCUUCUUGGCUUGCUGUUCCCGGGUCCCGUGAAUUCUGGCGACGACAUCUACAUCUGGCAGUUUCUGGCCACGAUUGGGAUUGGUGCAAGUCCGGAUCAACAGCAAAGGCUAGUGAUUGGAGUAAAAGAUAGGGUCAUGGAAACGGUGCAGCAGAGCAAGACAUUGCCUCCGGAAAUGGCUAGUGUUCGACUGGGCAAUGUCAACUUGUUCAUGAGGGCCAUUGGUCUCGAUGUGGAGAUGCUGGGGUAG